UCAAGAGACUCAAGACCAGCGGCUGUAACGGGCCGUCUUCCGGCUCCAAAGCCGGCGGGUUGUAGUGCCGCGAUCCGAGCCGCCGAAACUUCGCUCCCGCAACUACCUACAUAGCCGGAGUCAAACAUAACAUGGUCUCCACCUGGAGUAGAGCCGGAUCAUAAAAAGGCGGCAGCUACAACUCCAAACCUGUGAACUAAGUAUCCGGGAGGAAUUCUUAUCACCGCUUCCAGAUUCUUUUGACUGGCCGUACGGAGUACUGCACGCCAAACACGUUCCACAGGUCGAAUCACCGGAGUCUUGGCGAUCGGGCUUGUGGAUCUUGAUUCUUGACCUCACUCUAUCACACAGACUACCUACCCGCAGCGUACAUCAAGCGCAUUGAAGCAGUAGAAGAGACAGCAAUGGCAGAUAGUCAAGGCUUACAGCAAUGGCACGUCAGCGCCCCUUACCUCGAGACUCACUGCUCGCUCGGCGAGGGUCCCUACUAUGAGCCCGCCACCAACACGCUGCGCUUCGUCGACAUCAUCAAGAAGCGCCUCCACACCGUCUCGCUUUCCGAGGGUGCUUCGUCGCUCAAGACGCUCCAGUUCGACGAGGCCAUCACCGUCACGGCCGACAUUGACGGCCGGGACCCGCAGGAGACGCUCCUGGUCGGGGCGAAGCAGGGCAUGGCGGUGUUGGAUAGGAAGACGGGCAAGUACGAGUAUGUGACCAAGUUUGGGGAUGAGAAGGCGGAACGGAUCAGGAGCAACGACGGCGUGGUGGAUCCCAACGGGGGCUUCUGGCUGGGAACCAUGACGGAUUUUGGACAGGGUCCGUUCCAACCUGAAGGCUCCCUGUACCGCUUCACCCACACCGCCCCGGCGACGCGCACCCGCUCCGGCCUCACCAUCCCCAACUCAGUCGGCUUCUCCCCGGACGGGCGCACCAUGUACUUCACCCACUCGACGGCGCGCGAGGUGGUGGCGUGGGAUUACGACCCGACCGCCGCCGCCGGUGGUGGUGGUGGUUCGCUGACCAACGAGCGCAUCUUCUACCGCCACGCGUCCGGGUCCGGCGAGCCCGACGGCUUCCGCGUCGAUACAGAGGGCAAUCUGUGGCACGCCGUGUACGGCGAAGGCAGGGUGCUGAAGAUCAGCCCCUCGGGGGAAGUGGUCGGGGAAGUCAAGAUCCCCACGCGGAAUGCGACGUGCUGCGAGUUUGUCGGUGGCGGGGACCUGGUCAUCACUACCGCGGCAGACGAGGAGGGUGAAGGAGAGAGUAAGCGGCUGGGCGGCUGCGUGUUUCGGGUGACGGUGGGUGCCGAGGGGACGAGGAGGUAUGCUUUCAAGUUGGAUGGAUGAGUGAGACUAGGGGGAUACUGUACAUCGUUACAGCAGUGAGCAAAUGGAACCUACCCUGCCUAGUAUAUAUGUACCGAAUACAUACGUUGCGUACCGUGGGCGUAGGGUUGGGAUUGUUUGUCCUCUGGUUCUGGAAUGUGUGUACCGCCUAAUCCAUGUCACAGUAUGAAGUAGUGUAGCCUCGGCGGCGUUUUGCGUAUUUAUUGUACAUAAAAUACAUAAUCCCACAAGGAACUGCUGCACCAGGUAACCUACUAGUAGUGUACAGUAGGGCACCUACCCUACGGAGUUCAUAGGCUUGCUUGGUCCUAC